AUGCGUGACUAUUUUAUUCGCCGCACGCUGCUUGUCAUUCCUACGCUUAUCGGCAUAACGAUGCUGGUGUUUAUGGUCACUCGGUUUGUCCCGGGGGGGCCGCUGGAACGUGCGCUGAUGGAAGCCCAGCAAGCCAGCAUCAGUGCCGGGAGCUCUCGCUCUGUGGGCCAGGGUAUGGCUAUUUCGGAAGAUCAACUUAAUCAGUUACGUGAAUACUACGGUCUCGAUAAACCCUGGUACGAAAGUUACGUGCUGUGGGUGGGCAAAGUUGCACAAGGCGACCUGGGCACCAGUUAUCGCUAUAACGAGCCGGUCUGGGAUGUGAUCAGCCAGCGCUUUCCGAUAUCAAUCUUUUACGGCCUCGCCAGUUUAAUCAUCACGUAUAUCGUCUGUAUUCCUCUGGGCAUCGUCAAAGCCAUCGGGCAUCGAACGCCGAUGGACAACAUCACUUCGAUUAUCGUUUUUGCGGGCUACGCGGUGCCGGGCUAUGUACUGGGCGCAUUGCUGCUGCUGUUUUUCGCAGUAGAACAGGACUUUUUCCCGAUGGGGGGGUUUACCAGUUUCAACUUCGAUGAAAUGAGUGGUGGCGAAAAGGUCAUCGACAUACUCCACCAUGCGACGCUGCCGCUUAUCUGUUACAUGGUGGGCAGCUUUGCUGUCACCACCAUGCUGAUGAAAAACAAUCUUAUGGACAACCUCGCUGCCGACUACGUUCGCACGGCGGUUGCUAAAGGUGUGCCGUUCAAGAAAGCCGUCUCCGGUCACGCGCUGCGAAACUCGAUUAUUCCCAUCGCAACAACCUUUGGUCAGAACAUCACCCUGCUGGUCACGGGUUCAUUCCUGAUCGAAACAAUUUUUGACAUUGACGGUUUUGGACUGCUCGGCCUGACCAGUGUUUUUGAUCGCGACUAUCCGGUUGUUAUGGGCAUCAUUUUCCUCACCAGUCUGCUGUUGCUGGUGGGCAACAUCCUGUCUGAUCUUCUUGUUGCAGCGGUAGAUCCGCGAGUGCAGAUCAAGCUCGGCUACUACUCAGCCAUCACGCUUGUCGUGUUGGUCGUUUUUUCCCUUCUGGCGGAAUUGGUGAUCAACGACCGCGCGUUAUUCAUCAGCUAUAACGGUGAGUGGCAUUUUCCCACCUACAGCGAUGUUGAACUGGGCGCGAACUACGGCUUGACCGGAACAGAUGCCGUCAUACCCGUUGACUACCGUAAACUGGCAACCCACUUCGAAGGCACUGAGCACACGGUCAUCAUGCCGCUGAUACCCUGGGGACCUUAUACCAAUGACACCUCAGAAGGGGUUCUAAAGGCGCAGGGGCCAGACUUUGAGCGCAAACAUUACCUCGGCACAGAUACCACAGGACGAGAUGUGCUCGCACGCCUGGUCUACGGAUUUCGCACUGCGAUAUUUUUUGCCAUUGCCUUCACCGUAUUAACUUAUCUCAUCGGAGUGAGCAUCGGCUGCGCUAUGGGUUAUUUUGGCGGCACAUUUGACCUUUUGUUUCAGCGGGUGAUUGAGAUCUGGUCAAACAUUCCGUUUCUGUACAUGGUCAUCAUUGUCUUUUCCGUCAUUCCCAGUACGUUCGCGAUCAGUACCCGAAUCACCAUCCUGUUGCUGAUCAUGGUGUUGUUCGGCUGGACGGGUCUGACCUAUUACAUGCGCACCGAAACCUACAAAGAAAAAGCCCGGGAUUACACCGCCGCGGCCUUGGUCCUGGGUGCCGGUACUGCACGUGUGCUAUUCCGCCACAUUCUGCCUAACACGAUUUCCACCAUGAUCACCUUUGUUCCUUUCACCGUCGUCAGCGCAAUUACCGCUAUUACGGCGCUGGAUUUCCUUGGCUGGGGCCUCCCACCACCCACACCCAGUAUUGGCGAGCUUUUGAAACAGGGCACUGCCAAUCUGACCACCGCGCCAUGGAUUGUGACCUCUGCCUUUGUGGCCCUGGUCUUUGUCCUGGCUGUUGUCACUUUCAUUGGUGAAGCCGUGAGACCGAUGUACCGUCUUUAUUCUGAAAUGUCAUACGGCUGGCGCACUUUGCUGGUCGCUUCCACCUUGGUCCUGCUCAGCGCCUGCGGUGGUUCGGAUGAGCCUACUGCGGAGCAGUCUGCAGCUGCGGAUGCCGACUUCGCCAGCAAAAAGGCGGCGAUGCUGGCCCAUAUGCAGAACCACUUCGACACCGAGUAUUCGCUUCCACCUGCUGUGCAGGAAGCCGUGGAACGAGGUGAGAUAAGUGCAGAAGAGAUAGACAAACGUGCAGCUGCCGGAGAAUUCGAAAAGUUCUUUCAAUUCAAAACACCCGCGGAUGUGCCUUCCGAUCUGGUCUGGGAAAACGGCAUGGAUCUGCCUGAUAUCGGCAGCGAUCAGGCCACCAAGGGCGGCACCCUGUACCUCAGCUUGAGUGAUUUUCCACGCACGCUGCGCCUUCUCGGGCCGGACUCCAACGGCUCUUUCCGAACGUGGAUUCUUGAUGACACGCGCAUGCGUUUUGCCCAGCGCCACCCCACCGAUACCAGCAUCGACAGCAACGGUAACUUUCGCUACUUCCCUGGAAUCGCCGAAUCAUGGGCGAUGUCCGAAGAUCGCAAAACCGUAUAUGUACGUAUCAACCCCGCGGCAAAAUUCAGCGACGGUAUGCCUAUUACCAGUGAUGACAUGCUCUUCAGCUUCUACUUCUGGCAACAGUCGUUCAUACAGGCGCCCUGGUACAACAACAACUUCCGGCGCAAUUACACAGCCAUAACAAAGUAUGACACACAUACAUUCAGUCUCUCGCUGCCGGAAGCAAAGCCCAAUGUGAUUGGCCGAGCACUCGAGCUCGAACCAAUGCCUUUGCACUUUUUCUACGAAUUUGGUGAGGACUACGUUGAGCGUUACCAAUGGGAAUUUGUACCUACCAGCGGCCCCUAUGUACUCACCCCGGACAAUCUGAAAAAAGGCCGCUCUGUCACGCUCACACGCGACAAAGACUGGUGGGCCAAAGACCUGAAAUUCUGGCGCUACCGCUACAACAUGGAUCGCGUCAGCCUGACCGUUAUUCGAGAUCAGGCCAAAACCUUUGAGGCGUUCAAGAAAGGCGAAAUCAGUUUCGCCUCAAUCUCUUUGCCUGAAUAUUUUUACGAAAAAUUGCCCGCCACAGACGAACUGGUGACCAGUGGUCAGAUACAUCGAGCGGUUUUUUAUAAUGAUGCCCCUCGACCCACUUACGGCUUAUGGAUCAAUAGUGGUCGUCCGCUGUUGAACAACAACGAUGUAAGAGUUGGCAUCAACUACGCGACCAACUUCCAGAAAGUGAUCGACGAAUACUUCCGCGGCGACUACACGCGCAUGCGCACCAGCGCAGACGGAUAUGGUGAGUUCACUCACCCAACCUUAAAAGCGCGGGAGUUUGACGUAGAAAAAGCGCUGGCAAGUUUUGCCAAAGCAGGUUUUGUCGAACGUGGUCCCGACGGCAUUUUAGUCAACGCCAAUGGCGAGCGUUUGAGCUUCACCCUUACAACUGGUUAUGAAGCACUGAAAGACACCCUCACGAUUCUCCGCGAAGAAGCGAUGAAUGCAGGUCUGGAACUACGCCUGGAAGUGCUCGACGGCACUGCAUCAUGGAAGAAGAUUCAAGAAAAGCAGCAUGACAUUGCAUUCUCCGCAUUUAAUGUCGGUCCUGAAAUGUAUCCGCGAUAUUGGGAGACCUACCAUUCUGUCAACGCCUACGAUGCGCCCUGGCUACCGGACGGCAGUGUGAACCCCGAUAGAGAAUUAAAGCCUCAAACCAACAACCUUCAGUCUAUUGCCAACCGGGAACUGGAUCAGCGCAUUGAAGCCUACCGCGCCAGCAACAGCGUUGAUGAAAUGAAACGACUGGCAUUCGAAAUGGAAGAAAUCCUUUACGAGGAUGGUUCCUUCGUGCCUGGCUUUGUUAUCCCAUUUAUACGCGUGGCCUACUGGCGCUGGUUUAACUGGACAUGGAAAAAGAAACACGGGAUGCGCGGCGCAGCGGCAGGACAUUCGAAGUCGUUGACCGGGUUUACGACCGGUACAAAACGGACUAACGCAUUGGCUGUUCAAUCGGAUAACACAGAGCCACUCCUUCGCGUAGACAACCUUGUCACUGCGUUCGAUACAGAGAACGGCCAGAUUAAAGCUGUCGACGGUGUCAGCUUCAGCCUUCAAGCGGGCCGCACGCUAGGUAUUGUUGGCGAGUCUGGUUGUGGCAAAACGGUAACCGCAUUAAGCAUUAUCAAUCUGUUACCAAAACCAACAGCCGAUAUUCUCGAAGGUCAGAUCUGGUUUGAAGGUGAAGACCUGGCAAGCGUACCGAUAGAACGUCUGCACGAUAUACGCGGCGACCGUAUCGGCAUGAUUUUUCAGGAACCGAUGACCGCGCUGAAUCCUGUGCAUCGUGUCGGCCGCCAGAUCAUGGAAACACUGAAGCUGCAUCGAGACAUCAGUGAUGAGGACGCGCUCAAAACCGCCAUCAGCAUGCUGGAAAAAGUAGGUAUUCCCAGUCCGGAGGUACGUGUCAGCGAGUACCCUCAUCAAUUGUCCGGUGGCAUGCGCCAGCGGGUGAUGAUUGCCAUGGCUUUGAUCUGCGAUCCUUCAUUGGUGAUUGCAGAUGAGCCCACCACAGCCCUGGAUGUCACCAUCCAGGCACAGAUACUGGAACUGCUGCAGGAGAUGCAGAACACUUUGAACACCAGCGUCAUCAUGAUCACCCACGAUCUCGGUGUCAUCGCAGAGACCUGUGAUGACGUUCUGGUGAUGUACGCAGGCAGAGUAGCCGAACAGGGCAGCGUCGAAGAAGUAUUUAACCACCCGCUGCAUCCUUAUACCCAGGGUCUGCUGAGCUCAAUUCCAAGACUCAGCACGCCUCGCAAAACAAAGCUGCAGACCAUCGAAGGCAUGGUGCCCUCGCUGACAGAUAUGCCAUUAGGACACCUCUCACAAAGCGGCCUGUCAUCACUGGCAGAAGAUCGACGCCCAGCAGAUCAGCAGAACCCAGACAUGACCACACCGCUGCUAAAAGUAGAAAACCUUAAAGUCCAUUUCCCCGUCAAAGGGGGCAUCCUGCUGCGAGCUGCCGCAUAUAACAAAGCUGUAGACGGUAUAUCCAUUGAGUUGGAACAGGGCGAAACGCUUGGGCUCGUGGGAGAAUCAGGCUGCGGGAAAUCUACCUUUGGCAAAGCCAUUGUGCGCCUCCUGAAACCGACCGAAGGCAAAAUCACUUUUCAGGGUACAGAUGUCACCCACCUCUCCCGUAAAGCGAUGAAACCCCUGCGCCGGGAUGUGCAGAUGAUCUUUCAGGACCCGGGCGAAAGUCUGAAUAGCCGCCUGACAGUUGGCAGCCUGAUCAGCGAAGCAUUUGAUAUCCAUGGCAUAGGUGAACCCCAGUGGCGCAGAACCCGCACCCUUGAGCUGUUAGAACAGGUGGGCUUACCCGCCGCUGCUGCAGAUCGGUUCCCGUUCGAAUUUUCCGGCGGUCAGCGCCAGCGUAUCGGCAUCGCUCGCGCAAUUGCGCUGGAGCCUAAACUGAUUGUCUGUGACGAACCGGUAUCCGCUCUGGAUGUUUCGAUCCAAAGCCAGAUUCUCAACCUUCUGUUAGAUCUGCAGGCAGACAUGCAGUUGUCUUACCUGUUUAUUGCGCACGAUCUCGCUGUGGUCAAACACAUCAGUGAUCGAAUUGCGAUCAUGUAUCUCGGUCAACUUAUGGAAAUUGGUCACGCCGAUGAAAUCUACACAAACCCGGGACACCCCUAUACCCGAGCGCUGAUUGCCGCGAUUCCUGAACCGGACCCCGCGCGCCGCAAUCGACCAAAAAUGAUUCUCCACGGAGAUGUACCCAGCCCCAUCAAUCCACCCAGCGGCUGCGUCUUCCACACCCGCUGCCCCAAUGUGCAGGAUAAGUGUAAGACUGAAAAGCCGGUGCUGCGGGACAUCAUUGCUUCAGAUGGCACACCACACCAGCUGGCCUGCCAUUUCGAUCUGUAA